AUGGAUCAUUUGUCGCAGCUGUUGGGCCAGCGGCCUGGUGCUGCGGCUGAGACAGAACAGCUGAAUCAUGAAGUGACCACAGAUACCAGUGUAUGGGCUGCAGGGCUGCAUGUAGGUGAGUCGUACAAUGGCGCAAAGCCUUCAGCCUGGGACGACACAUACUUGGCCUCGAUGCCAGCCAAGGCAGCUCCGCGUGUAUCGCUGGCGGUUAGCACAGACUUAAAGCAGUGGAAUUACCGCUACAUGUUUGAAAAGAAAGGCGAGCGUAGUUUGGAGCUCGAUAGCCGUCUCAACGAGAUGGCGGACGUACUCCAGCAAGCGUUUGGACUUUCGCAGGAAUGGGAAGAUCCGUCCAUACCGAACCAGGCCAGUAUUUUCACAGUAGGGCGUAUAUGCACACGCUUGGAUCCCGUUCCAUCGGCUGCCAAGGCGACGGAAGCCGCACCACAGGAUGUGCCCUCGCAGAAACUGACAGCGACGAACCUGGUCUUGGAAACGAGUCGAAUGGUCGGCAACGGCCAGCGUGUCUCGCUUGCCUUAGACCCGAAAUGCAUGGUGCGGUAUGCAUGGUCGGACGAAGCGACACAGGCGUCCAGUAUCGUGGGUCUGUUCCCAGGUAUGAUAGUCGGUCUUAAAGGACGAAAUGGCUCUGGCAACAAAUUUGUUGCAGAGGAACUAUUGAUGCCGCCGGCUUUGCCGCACCCUGCUACAAGUCGAGAGGAAAUGCUUUUGCAUCAGUAUGAUGAGGCCAAAUUGCAUGGCACGGCCUUGCGUGUGGCCGCGGUCAGUGGUCCCUAUACUGAGCCUAAGGACUUGUCGUUUGCGCCUUGGCAUGCGUUCAUGUCGCACAUGGAAGCGGCCCAGCCUGAUGUGGUUGUCGUGAUGGGCCCAUUUGUGAGUGCUAAGCAUCCUUUGGUAGCCUCAGGUGCCAUUGAGGAGCUACCUACUGAUAUGUUCAAGCGGCACAUAUCCCAACGACUAGCGCGUUUGAUGGAACGUUCGCCGUCUACUAUGGUCAUUUUGGUACCUAGUACAGAUGAUAUUUUCCAUCCUCAUUUUGCGUAUCCUCAGCCGUUCAUUGACAAGGCGGAUCCAGCGUUAGGCUUGCCGAAGCGUGUUCGGUGCCUACCAAACCCGAGUGUAUUCUACAUAAACGAAAUUGCCAUUGGUGUAAGCACCGCCGAUGUGCUGGGCGAUUUGCGUCGAGAGGAAUUGGUGCAGCGUGUCCAGCCAGGGCCGAGUGCGGAAGGAAAGCCAGCGACGCCAUCGACCAAGGGCACAGAUCCCAUGAUGCGCUGGGCCCGCCACGUACUAAGCCAGCGCCAUUUCUAUCCGCUCUUCCCUUCAUCCUCGGCGUCACAACUGCCCUUGGACUUGUCGCACUCACGUCUAUGCACGCUAGACCAAAUUACGCCGGAUAUCGUGCUGCUUCCGUCGCCACGGACCAAGCCUUUCUUGCGUGUGGUUGAUUCUACAGUAGUGAUCAACCCAGGCACGCUAGCACGGAGUGGUAUGGAUGCACCUGGGCCGUCGUUUGUGCGCAUGCAAAUCGACCCACUCCCGCGGUCGACGUUGGUUCGUGCUCCGGGAGAAAGCCAAGAAAUGAUAUCACAUGAGGUCUACCAGCGUGCGCGCAUAGAUUUGGUGCACACAGAGAAACAGUAG